CAAUCUAAGCCUUUGAAAGACGAUUCUCCUUGUAUGUGGAAUAUGUCUAGAAAAUAUUCAUCGGACUGGACGUUAAACUGAGAAGUGAAAAAAAAACAAAUAUAAUUUUAGAUCCUGAAUAAUGUAUUAGACUUGUUAAUAUAGCCUUCUAAUAUUAUCUAAAACGAAGAUUUUUUUACUUCCACCUCUUAUUUUAUGAACAUUAGGCCUAACGUCAAAUGAUAACAGAUAGGUCCAAAAGAACUUUUAGAAAGUGAUAUUUGACAAGGCAUUCACUGAUCCUGUCGAACGAGGGCAUCUCACCAUCUAUCAUUAGAUAUUAACCAGCCAGUCAAAAUUUAAAAUCUAGAAAAUUUUGUUAGAUAUUUUGGAAGAAAACUUGGUUUUACACAACUUCAGAAGGUAAAAACAUUGCUAAUGUAAGAAUGAGUCACUUGGCCCUGGGAAACACUGCAGCUGGGUUAAAUGCUUCAGAAUCAACUUCAUCUGGAUGUUUUACAGGAACAAUGAAGCUAAAAUUAUGUGAAGCAGUGGAGUUAAAGCCAACUGAGUAUGCCAAAAGACAUGCCAAUGUGGUAGGGAGACCACAGCUAAUGCAAAUUGAUCCAUAUGUUUCAAUUGAUGUUGAUGAAGUGCGAGUGGAUUGUUCAACUACUAAGCAAAAAACUGAUAAUCCUAUAUGGAAUGAAUAUUUCACAAUAGAAGUUCAUAGUGGGUUGAAUUUUGGUUUAACAGUUUUUCAUGAUGCAGCAAUCCCUCCUGAUGAUUUUGUUGCCAAUUGUACUGUAUCAUUUGAAGAACUUCAAAACUCUACAAAGGAUUCUGGCAGUAAUGAAUCAGAUAUCUGGGUUGACUUGGAACCAGAGGGGAAAAUUCACAUUAUUGUUGAACUUCAAUCACAAGAAAAUGCACCACAAAAGCCAAAAGUGUUUAAAGAAAGACCAGGGCUUAAUCAGAGGCGGGGAGCUAUGCGAAGGAGAGUGCAUCAGGUUAAUGGUCACAAAUUUAUGGCUACAAUUCUUCGCCAACCUACAUUCUGCUCCCACUGUAGAGAAUUCAUAUGGGGUCUGGGUAAACAAGGAUAUCAGUGCCAAGUAUGCACCUGUGUUGUGCACAAAAGAUGCCAUGAAUUUGUGGUGACAAAAUGCCCUGGAAUGAAAGAUACAACUAAUGAGGAGGUUGGUAGCCGUUUUAAUAUCAACGUCCCUCAUAGGUUCUUGGUUCAUAAUUACAAAAGACCAACUUUCUGUGAUCAUUGUGGUUCUAUGCUAUAUGGACUUUUCAAACAAGGCUUGCAAUGUGAAGCUUGUAAAAUGAAUGUUCACAAGCGGUGCCACAAGAAUGUGGCCAAUAAUUGUGGUAUAAAUCCAAAGCAAUUGGCUGAGAUUCUUUGUGCAAUGGGAAUCUCUUGUGAUAAGUUAGCCAAAAGGAAAAAGAAGACAUCAAUCAGUGAAACUCAAAAUAGAUUAAUGCGACCAGGAGCAGAGGGCUCCUUAUCUUCUACUUGUGAUCAGUUUGAAGUACAGACAGCCAAUAGCAGUGCCCCACCUUUAGACAUGCAGGUAGCUGCUGAAGAGCUUAAAAGACUUUGUUUUGACAUGCAGCAAAGUACAUUGCUUACUGAAGGUGAGCAAGGACCACAAAACCUUGAGUCAACAACUCAGUCUUAUAGCACAGAAGAAAGAGAUUCUCAAAAGUUUGGACUCAGUGACUUCAAUUUCUUAAAGGUUUUGGGCAAGGGUAAUUUUGGAAAGGUUCUAUUAGCCGAAAGGAAGGGAACUGAUGAAGUCUAUGCUAUCAAGAUCUUAAAGAAAUAUGUUAUCUUACAAGAUGAUGAUGUGGAAUGCACAAUGGCAGAGAAGCGAGUUUUAACACUUGCAGCUUGUCAUCCUUUUUUGACAGCUCUGUAUUGUAGUUUUCAAACUGAGGAUCGACUGUUUUUUGUCAUGGAGUAUGUUAAUGGAGGUGAUUUGAUGUUCCAAAUUCAAAGGGCUAGAAAAUUUGAUGAACCUCGUGCAAGAUUCUAUGCAGCAGAAGUCACACUUGCCCUAAUGUUUCUACACAAACGAGGAGUGAUAUACAGGGAUCUCAAAUUAGACAAUAUAAUGCUAGAUAGUGAUGGACAUUGUAAGAUUGCUGAUUUUGGAAUGUGUAAGGAGGGAAUACUUGCUUGCAGAACAACGACAACUUUUUGUGGAACUCCAGACUAUAUUGCUCCAGAGAUACUUCAAGAACUAGAAUAUGGUGCUUCAGUUGAUUGGUGGGCUCUCGGUGUUCUCAUGUAUGAAAUGAUGGCAGGUCAACCUCCAUUUGAGGCUGAUAAUGAAGAUGAUUUAUUUGAUUCUAUUCUUCAUGAAGAUGUUGUGUAUCCUGUAUGGCUGAGUAAGGAUGCAGUGUCUAUUUUGAAAGGAUUUAUGACAAAAAAUCCUAUCAAGCGUCUUGGCUGUGUGGCCACUCAAGGACUGGAGCAAGCAAUAUUGAAUCAUGCAUUUUUUAAAGACAUUGAGUGGGAAGCCCUUGAGGCAAAGAAAAUCAAACCACCAUUUCGACCUAAGAUCAAAACUAAAAGGGAUGUCAAUAACUUUGAUCAGGAUUUCACAAGAGAAGAUCCAGUUCUUACAGUACUGAAUCCUGACCUUAUUCGCACUAUCAAUCAAGAUGAGUUCCGUGGAUUUUCAUUUGUUAAUGAGGAUUUAAUGUUGGCUAGAAGUGUCUCAGAGGGGCCUGCUACGUAACAUGUUGUUAUUAUUUUUAUUUUAUUUUUUUUCCCUCACAGUGAAAGGCCUACUUGUGUAGCUAUUGUCACUGAAAGUUAAUAUUUCUUUCCUCUUUUUUGGUAUAUAAUGUAUAAACUUUGUUUCAAUUUUAUGUCUUUUAAUUAAUUCUUAAUAUAUCUCAAAACUGACACGAGAUUGUAUUUUUCAUUUUAUUAUAUACUUUUAGUUAAAUAAUAGAGUAAGUAAUUUAUAGCUUCCAGACACCCAUAAUAAUAUUUUUUGCCUCAUUGUUUUGCGGUGCCAAUUAAGAUGGUAAAAAUGUGUAUUUCUAGUCAUGUUAAUGCAUUGCUUUCUUAUUUUGCACAAAAAUAUGUAAGGUGUGUGUAUAAAAUUUCAUCAUAAGAUUGACCAGGUUCUCAUUUUAAACAUAUAUAUCACACUUAACACAAUCUGAUAAAUAGAUUGAUAAUUGGAAUAGGUAUUUACUGACUUAAUUACCUGAAAAGGAAUAAGUGAAGUAUGACUUUUCUGCACAGAUGGAACUAUACUGAAAAUAGCUGUUACUUGUAAUUGGUUGGGUUUGAGCCAGUAUAGUAUCAUCCAAUAUGUCAUUUUGAUCUUGUUAAUAAUAGUUAUUUGCAAAUUAAUAUUGUUGUUUUUUAAGGCAUAUAGCAAAUAGGAAAUGCUAAUGUAUUGAUUGUUACAGAUGUUCUGCUCCUUGCCAGUUUUUGAAAAAUAACUAGAAUGGAUGAACACAAGUCUUUUAUUAAAAUCCUUUUUCAAAGCUGGUAGUUUGAUACUAUUGCUGAACCUUUUACAUGUUCCCACUUUUAGUUAUUUCAGUAAGUAAGAAGGUUAUUAAAGAAAGGAGAAGAGGGGUAAUUUUUUAAUAUUUAUCUUUAUAAACAUUACAGCACAAUUUUAUUAACUAUAAACAUACAAGAUAUAAUUGAUAUUACUCAGUGACUCUCUGUUAGUCAAGUAGUGAUUCCUUGAUUCACAGUUAUUAUAAAACUGACUCCUGAUCAGAUUUUUAUUAAACAGAUUUAUGUUGUUAUUGUUUGUGAUUUUUUUUUAUUUAAGCUCUGACCAGUAUUUUUUUAUUAAUUUAAAUGUUGAAAAGUUUAUUCUUUACAGUGCUAAAGCAAUUUAAAUAUGGUUGUGUAUAGUGAAUUUUGAAUUUUUUGUAUAAAACAAAACUGGAUGUGCAUAUGUAGUAAAAUAGAUCAUUGCUGCAACAGGAAUUGUUUUAUAUCUAAUGUAUUUUUCAUUUUGUGGUUUUAUUUUCAUAAUGUACAUAUGCAUAGGAUUUUGUUGUUAUUGAAUAUAUGUCAUAAGAAAUUAUUCCUAAUUCGUAAAGGAACUAAUUUGGAUUUGAGAAAAACAAAAUAAUAAUUGCUAAGGAGAACUCUUGGUAUUUUAAGACAUUUAGUCCAUUUUCCAUUUACAGUGGCUGAAAUAAUUAUCUUUUGAUUUAAGUGAAAAACAAAAGAGUGAAUGAUAUAAGCCAUUGAGCCACAAAUUUUUUCCUGCACACAUACAUACAGACAUGCAUUGUUAUAGAAGGUACUUCUUCAUGCUUUUAAACUGUCUUUAAAAAAUUAACUUUUUAUAGUGUUCCAUGACUCCUUAUAAUGUGUUUUGGUUAGUUACCAAAACUGAAGUAAUUGUAGCAAGAGAAUUUAAAAAAGCAUAUUUAAGGUCAUACAUAUAUUAAUAUAUUUAUACUAAUUUGCGUAAUAUUUGCCUAAUAAUUCAACUUUUUAAUGUACCAUAUUUUUUUAGGGGUAGACGAAUCUUAAGUAUUAUAAAUUUAUGCUUUAGAAUCUGUGUUCUUAAGCAAUGUUGUGUUCAGUACAAGAAACUGUGUACUUAAUGCUGUUUUGUUUGUGGAAAUCAGUUAAGGAGGGUUAGUUUUUUAAUAAGAUUAAUAGGACAGAUAUUUUAAAUCUUGUUAGUCAUGCUUGUGUCAGCUUAUUAUAUCUUUACUGUUCAUUUUUCCUUUUGAUCUUCCACUGACCAUGUACAUGUACUAUGCUAACUAACAUCAAACACAGAUUUAUAUUGGUAUAUUUUUAUUUAUUUAUUAUUUUUGCAUAAAGUAAUGAAUUCAAAUCUGUCCUGACCUAAACUAUUUGAGAUUAAGAUUUAAAUACUUAAGUAAGAUCACCAGUAAGAAAGCCAUGGCUAUUUAUCACUUUUUAUGACUAAGAUCUUCACAUUUAAUUUAAGAAUAUUUUGUAAUUAAAUGACAUUUAGUUCCAUAUGAGUAAAAUACUAGAGCCUCACCAGAAGCUGUAACCUUCAAUAAAGGUUUAAAAUAAAAACCUCAGGGAAAUGAAUGAAAUAUAUAUAGUUUUUCUCUAUAUGGUUAUUUGUCAUAUAUUUACAAUGGCCAAAAAUACUCUAGUCUACACUGCAUAUGUUGAAACUAAAAAAUAAUUCUUUAAGAAUUGUUUUUAGGGUUUCACAUAUUGUAAACUUCUGGGAAUGUUGAAUUGAGUCUUAAAUUGUACUCAAUUAUUGAACUGUCAUAGGUAUGAUAAUACCCCAAAUUUUUAAGUUAUAAUUCAUAUUUUAGAACAAUUGCUCUGUUAAUAUUACCUUUUUUUUCAUACUUCUGUGUAUAUUUUUGCACAAACCAUAACAAGAAAAGAAUUAAGAAUGUGUGUUUUUCUAUGCACAUACACACAUAGAUGCUAUUUCUUAUAUCCUGUUGUAGCUUGCUUUUAAAACACAAGGGCACAAAUUUUUAUUUCUUUCAAAUUAUUUUUUUGCUUAUUGUAUGUUCAUUGGUUUUUGCAAGUCUUAUUAAAUUUUCAAGAUGAUAUUUAAUCAAAGCUUUGCUACUGCUUUUUCUCUACCAUAUAUUUAAGUCAUGAGAAAAAUUACAUUAAGUAUUAAACUUUAGCUUGGCAAGCUGGAAUUAAAACCAGAAGUCUUUAUUUACAUAAGACUAUGGGCUUUGAGCAAGAAUCAAUCUCAUUUUUCAACAACAUGUUUGGAUGUUUUGAGACUUUUGAGAUUUUGCUUCAGAACUUAUCUAAAAAGGAGAUUCAUGUUCAUAAUUACAUUUCAAGUACACAAUAAGUGUACUAAUUUAUUUUCCUGUGCUGUUGCAUUAACAUUUUUCCUUCAUGUACAAGAAUAAUUUUAUUUAAUUUUCCAUUAUUAUUAUUAUUAUAGAAAACAUUUAAUGUAUACAUAAAAGAAUAACCUUUUUAUUUAUACAUGAAAUGUAUGUGAGUCUGUGUAACAGAUAUAUGAGCCAUGCAAUAUGCACAAGUAAGUAGCUCUACAUUUAUAUUUCAAGAAUUUAUAAUGAUUUAAGAAACAUGAACAAACAGGUCUUGUUUUUAGGCUUGAAAGAGGCCCAGAAACUUUGUACAGGUUAACCAAAUCAAAAUGCUAAAACUUAUGUUUAAUCACACACAAUGAAACUGGUUUAAAAUCCCACUAUAUAGGAUAAAUCUUUGUUUCUUCUUAUAAUGGCUGGAAGACGGCUUGAAUGGGUAAUGAAGAAAAACUUUAAUAUAACAGCAAAUGUACAACGUUUCGACAAGGU